AUGGCGUUUAUAGAAAAUCAAUACAAACCACAGUUGCUAGAUAAAAAUAUUUAUUUUGGCACAUUACAAACAAUAACUAAACAUUCAGUUUUAUUAGCAAAUCAAAAUAUAAGAUACUUUAUUGGUAUCGAUAUACCAACAGAAACAGUUUCACAGCUGUAUAACGAUAUAGUGAAUUCUGGAAUCUAUGGAUCUAAAGAUGAUAUUUUAAUGAUUAAUUUCGAUUCAAAAUUUCUUUCGCCAGCAGAUUAUGACAACUUACAAUUAAAUAACGAUCCUUUAACUUUUUACCAAUGGAAUAAUACACGUCUAUUGAAUAGUCUGAUUAACGACAGAUUGUCACUAUCACAAAAUUUCGAAUUUGAAAACGCUUUAUUCGGUAAUAAAACGAAUUACACGAAAUCAAAUGUCUUUACAGUGGAUAAUUUUGAAAAGUUCCAAUAUUUUAACGAUUUAAUUGCAAUUAUUAACUUCCAGAACUCUAAUCCCAGUAAUGGCAUUCUUAUAUUUGCUGAUUAUGAGAAUAAUGAAAAUCUGAUAACUCUAUUGAUAUCCAUUGUAUUGAAAAAAAAUCCAAGUCUCAAAAUACUUGACGCUUUACAAUUCAUUAAAAAUUUGAAACAUGAUAAUAAUUAUAAUUUAAAAGAGGAAAGAAUCUUUUGGUGCAGUGGGCUGCUAAAUUAUUUUGAAGAAAUUAGAAAAAAUAAUCUAUACUGGGGUAUAAGUCCAAGAAUAAUCAAUGACUGUAAUAAUAGUAAUAACAUUCAAAAUAAUAAUUACAAUAGCGUAAAAUGUACAUCUAAUAAAAGAACGACUAAUAACAUCGAUUUAGAUAACACUAACACAAAUAAUAAUAACAGCAAAGCAAUUGCUACAGAUCCAAUCGCUAGUAUUGCAAGAAGCAAAAGAGCACGCUCAGAUUAA